GAACCUUCCUCUAACGUGUCCUGUGUUUUAUUUUAGGUCUUUUCUUAGAGGUAACAAAGUCCAGCCGAGGUUGAAGAAGAAGCACAUCUCUGCCUUGUGAACUAUAAACCCUGAGAACUUCUUCGCCUCUCGUUGCCAUUAUGCCGGGAAUUGUGGAACGUAUGGAGCUGAGGAAAGUGUCCACAGAUGCUGAUGAUGACAGCACAGAGAGCCUGGAUGGCCACUUCCCAGAGCCCAUUGACUCUGAGAAGGCCACCAUCGACAGUCAGUUUCUGGAUGACAACGAUGACGCAGAAAGCCAGAAGUUCCUGUCAAAUGGGAUGAUGAAGAAGAAGAAAUAUGAGGAAUACCAUGAAGAAUAUCAUCCCGGCCACACCUCCUUCGGGAUGUCUGUCUUCAACUUGAGCAACGCCAUCAUGGGCAGCGGCAUCCUGGGCCUGUCCUUCGCCAUGGCGAACACUGGCAUCGUGCUCUUUACAAUCCUCCUCGUCGCUGUGGCCAUCCUCUCCCUAUAUUCUGUACAUCUGCUCCUCAUGACAGCUAAAGAAGGAGGAUCCCUCAUCUAUGAAAAGCUGGGAGAGAGAGCAUUCGGUUGGCCGGGGAAAGUAGCCGCAUUUGUAUCGAUAAUAAUGCAGAAUAUUGGAGCCAUGUCCAGCUACCUCUUUAUCGUGAAGUAUGAGCUGCCUGAAGUGAUCCGAUCCUUCUUGGCUUUAGAAGAAAGCUCUGGUGAAUGGUACCUGAACGGGAACUACCUGGUGGUGUUUGUGUCAAUCGGAAUCAUUCUGCCUUUGUCUCUUCUUAAAAACCUGGGCUACCUGGGCUACACCAGCGGGUUUUCCCUCUCCUGCAUGGUUUUCUUUCUGGGGGUGGUGAUCUACAAGAAGACCGUGCUGCCCUGCCCUCUUCCUUUCUUUUACCACCACUCAUCCAACCUCAGCAUGAACGCCUCAGCCAUGUCAGGGUUGUACCCGCCAGUGAACAGCACGGUGAACAUGGAUUUCUCCCGCGCCGACAUUUCCCCCGCAGUCCUCGGCAGCCACGACACUCAUCACUCCACCGGCAUCCACUUCGAGCCCCACCCUGACGAUGAGGAGAUGUGCACGCCCAAAUACUUUGUCUUCAACUCUCAGGUACGAUAGUCUAUGAUUGUCUAC